GGGUAUAAUAUUCUAAUUCUUUUUCAAAUAGUUCAUUAGACGAGCAAAUUCUUUUUGCACGAGUACAAAGACAUUUAAUCAGAUUGAUUUUGUAACUCCUCGGCUGAUAACUCGUCCAUUUCAAAUAUCAGCUCAUUAGUUCUUCUUUCCACCAUAACAUCCAAGAACGACAGUUUCAGAUUGCACCUCAACUGUGAAUUUAAUAGAAGGAUCCAAUUUGUUCAUCAAUUUUACAAAAUUAAAUAUAUCUUUUUGAGUACCGUGGCUAAUGGCAAAUAUAUCAUCAACAUAUCUUAAAUAAAUAUCAGGUUUAUUACUCCGGUAUAUCUCAAUUUCAUUUUCAAGUUCAUCCAUAAAAAGAUUAGCCAUUAUAGGUGCCAACGGGCUACCCAUAGAAAUUCAUUAUGUAUAAGGUGGUGUUUGUCUUAUUAUCUAUUCUUAAAUUCUUCACCUUAAAAAAUGAUUCAAUUAUAAAAUUUUAUUAAUAUAUCUCUAGGAUAAUUCUGAACAAUUUCGUCAAAUUGAACAAGAGAAAAAUCAUCCAUCUAAUGUUAUCAACGAAAAAGAGAAAACAUUUUUUAAAUUACAAAAACAACGAGAUUUAUUAGAAGAAGGAAAUCAUGCAAAGUUUACAACAAUAACAAAAUUACAAAAAUCGGAAAGUUCUAGUUCACAAUUAGAGAAUCGAGAGUUAAUUUGGGACAAGGAACGUCAAUUAUAUCAAACACAAAUUCAACAAUUAGAACAAACAUUAAUAGAAGCAAAACGACAAUCAAUUGAACAACAGACGAAAAUAAUGCAAUUAACUUGUCAAUUAGAAUCAGUUGAUUCAACGUUUCAAACACAGAUUCGUUCAUUAGAUAUAUCAUUGGAAGAAAAAAAUACGUUAUUGUUAAAUAUUCAUCGACAAUUACGAGAAAAAAUUCAGAGAGUAGAACAGCUUCAAAAUGAUUUACAACGUACAAUACGUCAAGCUGAAAAUCAAGACAUAACAACGGCAAAACCGAUUCAGUCACUUAAAUCUCAAAGUGAUGAAUUAAUGAAAAAAAAUCAGAUUUUAAAUGAAAAAUGUAAUGAACAAAGUCAAACAUUAAUCAAGAUAUUAGUAUUAACUGUUCAUCUUAUUAUUCUAGAACGUGAUGUAUUGAAGAAUGAACUGAAGUCAUUAAUUGAAACGUAUGAACGACAAUCGAAUGAACAAGGCUUAGCUCUACAAAUUGAUAGUAUAAAUGAAGUUCUACAAGUAACUAAAUUAACUCCGUCUGGAAAUGUGUCAAUAAAUACUGAACAACGAAAAGGUCUACAACCAGUGCAACAUGUUAUCAACCUGGCUAACUCAUAUCCCAAAGGUGUAAUUGUAGAUGGUCCUACCGAUAGUUAUAUAGCAGUCGUGCCAGUUGAUGAGCCUCCCCCACUCGUUAAUCGACCUGUGAAAGCAAAAGAGUUGAAUAUUCUGGCAACAUUAUUGAAUGCGGAUCCUUUUGAAUUAGCUACCAAACUGAAGUUAAGUAACGUAGAUUUGAUUCGAAAUCGUACUAAAGGGUUUAAUUCAUACCCAAAAUCAGUACUCAUUACAAAAGAAGUACUUCGUGCAUGGUAUGAAGAAUUUAAUGCGAAAGCAAGUUCCCAUACGUUAUUUUACGCAUUAAUAGAAUCUAAUCAGCUACCAGGAGCAAUAGCAUUUAGAAAUAUGGUUGACCAAGCAGAACCGACGGAUUCAACUGAUAAUGAUUAUAGAAGCUACGUAUAA